AUGUUGAAAAAUCUCAGCGAUAACCUUUCAGGCACCAAGAAGCAAGGACUGACGGACGGACGGACGGAAGGCGCCCGCUUCCCCCACCCCGGGGGGGGGAGUCCCGGAGAGACCCGAGCCCAGCCCGGUUCAGAUGAAGUGGAUCCAGGCGCCGCCGCCGUCGGGUUCCCGGCCGUCGGGCCGCUGCCUGCCGCGCAGUUUGUAGUUGUGGCCCUCGUUGUUGUCCCAGUACUCGGCGCCGGCCACCCGGUAGCGCACGGCGAACUCGAGCAGGGUGGUGCCGGCGCCGACGGGCAGGUGGAAGGCGAAGCGGUCGGUGCGGCCGUCGGGGGCGGCGGCGGGCGGCGGCAGGUAGGCGGCGGGCACCUCGUUGCAGCUGGCCCAGCGGUUGAGCGAGUAGCGGACCGAGACGCUCUUCUCGUAGGCCAGGUUCAGGACGCGCACGGCGCCGCGCAGCCCCGCCGCCUCGGGCCGCACCCACUCCAGCUGCACCUUGCGCUGCCGCAGCCGCUCGGCGAAGGCCGCGCCCGCCCCGGGCUGCGGCGGGAAGAGCGGCUCCAGCACCGGCGCCGGCGGCCCGAACAGCACCGGCUCCAGCUCGCCCAGCGCCGGCGGCUUGCGCGUCUUCAGCAGGCAGAAGGCGGGCAACCUGCAGUGACAGCAACUGUUAUGAAUUCCUCUGGACCGAAUCGAAGCGACAACAACAACAACUGUGAGAAAGAGGCCACAAAGCUGAGAAACGGGGAAACGGAGACUUGCUGCAGCUGCAUCUACGCCAGUGAGAAGCGGGAGAGGAAUCAGAUUUACACCCUUUUGAGCAUCAGCAAUAGUGUAAAGGAGGAAGAGGAAAGGCCCUGGGAGUGCCUGAACGGGACAGGAUGGGAGGAAGCGGUCCAAAGCUGGAGCAAAACAGCCCCGUUUGCUUACCUUCAAUUACAAAAGAGAGUCCGAAAAACCCGGACAAGUGAGUCCGUCAAUAGAUGCCUCUACUGCUUAGAUCUGAUGCAAGGCGUGGAACCGGAGCCCAAAAACAUUGUUCAAGUCAAAUCCGAUUUCAAACUCAGCCCAAGCGCUGCCGCAGGUAGCCCUCCAGAAAAACAACAGACUGUGCUUUAUUCUAAUUCAGUCACAACUACUACUACUACUGCUACUUCUGCCACAGAUGAGCCUAAAAAGGAAACAGAUUAUAGCAAAUUGCAAUCUAUUCAGAUGUUCCAAGGAGAAAAGAAAAGAAUGUCCUUAAAAGAAGCCCAAGCUUCUCUGAGUGAAAAAAAGUUAUUUCUCAUGAAAGAGAAUCUGCUGUUCCCAGCAGAGAAAAAAACGGUGCCAAUCAAGGAAUAUAACAUUCUGUCACCGGGAAAGCCCCAAAGUCUAGAAACCGUCAAGACCAAAGAGAUAAGGAGCCACGAGCCUCUUCUAUGGAAUCAGCCUGGCAGCGAAAUCACCGCUAAGUCAUCCUUGGUCCUGCCGCCCCUGAAGGAUGCAGCGCUCAAACACAGCCUGGAUAACUCUCCAAAGAAAAGUAAGGUAGUUCCUUCCCAGGCCAGUGACAAAAACUCCCAUGCUUACGCAGAGACAGUUUCCUGCCCUGAGUUUUUAAAAACCAAGGAAGUGAAGCGCGAGCCGAGGAUAGAUGCCCUGUACGAUGCGGUGAAGGAGCAGAUAAAAAUGCACAAGAUAGCCUCCGCCUUUGUCCCGAGGCUUUCCGAGACUUCAGUCACCUCAAGGAAUUUGGAUCGGGGCUAUUGGCACUGUGGGUUUUUGCCAUAUCGGAAAAGUCUAACCCUGAGCAGUUCAGUUCAGCUGAGAAGACCCGGCCAUCUCCACAGCAGCCAUUCCCUGCAUGCAAAAGGAUGCCACGCCAGCAAAGCCAGUGAAGUUAGGAGCAGGAGUUACAAUGGAAGCAAACUGGAAGGAAGUCAGGCCAAAUCUCAGGACAUCCCACUGCUUUCUGGACUGUUCCCUUCCUUAACGGAACACAGCUGGGAAAGAGUUACUCCUUACACAUGCUGUAAGUCCCCGAAACGGUCCAAGAAGCCAAGAAUAAGUAAAGCCACCUCAAGUAUAUCUCACCAGAGUAUGUCAGAGUCGCUUAAGAAAAACGUGUCUUGGAGAACCAACCAACAACCCAGCCUGGAUUGCAAAUUCACCAAAGGAGAACCCAUCACGGGCAGCAGAAAGGCUGGGGUUUCCUGCUUCAAGCCUUACACCUACAUCCCAAUGAUGAAUGCCAACCCCGAGGGGGAAAGGGCAAGAGGAAAAUUAGACUCGAUUCAGACGUUCUUAGGCGAGAAAAGGACUUUGCCGAUAAAGGAAUAUGAAAUCAAGUAUUCUCAGCACACGGAACAGGAGGUUCUGAGCAUGCCAAAAGCGAGCCAGGGCCAUCUUCCCAGCAGCUUGGGCUGCAUCGCUCUAAAUGCACUCUUAGUCUUCAAGUCAGAAACUGGUGUAAUCAACCUGCAUCUGGAGCCCCCUUCUAAAGCUAAAGCAGCUGUGGUCAAGAGAUCGGACAAGGGGCACGGCGCUUCAACUCACUUCGUCUCUCGCAGCUAUGCUGCAAAAGAAGCCAAAGAAUCAAAACAGAGUAGAUAUGAAUCAUAUGGUGAAAAAGCAAAUACAAAAAUCAUGUACCACUCUCCGAUUUGUCCAUGAUGCUCGUGUGUUGCGUUCUGUCCUCAAGCGUGACUUAUUUCCACGGCCCAGAAAACAAAAUUUGAAAGCUAUUGCUGCUCUCUUGGCCAAACCCUACGGGCUCCUUGCAUUGCCUGUCCUCAGAAAUACAGAGAUUUUUUUUUACAAGGAUGGCAGCAUCAGUUCAGUAGUAGGUGCCCAUCUUUAAUGGAUAGAAUAAUUCAUAAGGGAGUAAUCGUCAGCAGGGGUCAAUUUUCAUCAGAGAAUCCAAAGAGCUGUAGAGCAUGAUGCGCUUGUGUUCUUCGGCAUUGGAACUUUUCAGAUGGUUAUGUUCCUUUUGAAAGUUCCCCUGUAAGAGCUGAGGUGAGCAAUAUUUUUUUAGACAGUUAACACACUGCCUCUCCCUCUAUGGAAGCAGUUUGUAAGGUAAUGUGUGACAUUGCGUGGAAUGAAUCACGAAUCCUUUCAGAAAGACAAUGGCGAUCCCCAAUACACCUUCUCUACAGCCAAUCAUCAAUGGAUACAGUUUGGAUAAUCCAGUCACUCAGUUUUGAUUAUACCAAAGAAACUCAAGACUAAAUUAUGGAAAACAGCAGUUCAGACAUUACCAUAGAAUCGUUAGGGACUAUGCUCUUAAAUCUACAUUGAAAGUAGAAUUUGUUUUGCAAGGGAGGGACACCUUAAACAGAUUAUAUUAACUGAUGCAGAAUUGUGCAAUUAAAUUAGGUACAGUAUGGGGGAGAAAUAGGAAAGUGCACUUGUUUUACAAUAUACUAUUGUUCUGAAAUCUUGAGUCCAACUAAUAAGCCACUACAGGUAACUUUUCAACCUCAAGUGUUCUUGAAAAAUUGGGAUCAUAAUUAUACUGCUAAACCCAUAAUCUGGCAUAAGAAUGCUUGACACAAUUUUUGGUUGCUUUUUUUAACACUUGGGGCUUAUUAAAAUUUUUAGAUUUAUCCCUUCCCCUACAUACAGCUCAGUGGCAGUUGUAUAAAUGUCAUAUAUAUCUGCAAUACUCAUGGCCUCAUUACUGUUACAUGAUAAUUUUCAGCCCCACCAAAUAGCCAGGAUAUUUUGUGGACUUUUUGAAAAUAAUGGGAUUUGAAAAUGCCACCAUUUCUAAUUGAUCAUAAUCUAAUUGUUUUUAACAAAUUAAAUGUAUUUAAUUUAGUCAGAUUGUACAGAUUUGCAGACGCAACAGUAAUAAAUUUCAUCCUGUAUCCUGCAGUAAUUUCAGAGGACUCCUUUGAGCAAUACCACAUUAUUUUCUCAUGCCAAAAU